AUGGCUACUAAGGAUGCAUUUAACGAAACUUCCGACUCGACGAGGUCGACUCUUGAGGCUUCUGCCAAAAGAUGUCUAGAUGCAUUUCAGAAGAGUCUUAUACGAGCCUCCAAAAUUCAUGCCCGAGAGCUGUCAAUGGUGGAGGAUCAAAUGGCAAGGUUUUCCACCUGGGCAACAGCUAUGGGGGUCUUCGCAGAUGAACAGGCAUCCAUGGACUAUUGUCUUCGAUAUGCUUCAGACGUUCGAAAUGCCGUACGUGGCAUACUUGAGUCUCUAUUCUACCGCAUCAUAGUGUGCUCCAAUUGCCUCGAAAUACUCGGGACCGGCAGAAUAAAGCAAUCUUUGGAUGCUCAAGUCGAUCGACUGAAAGUUUCUUUUCUCCAUAUUGGGACAGAGAUCAGCCAUCUCAAUAAGAUUUCAAGCACCAUCCGGAGAGCGAGCCACGUACCUCAAAUUCAGAUGUCACGCAACUUUGCGAACAACGAUGAUACAGUUCAUGAUACAGAACCCCUACUUUUUACCACUUUUGAGCGUCAUGUUAGCAAUCUUUUCCCUAGAAUCAGCGAAAACAUCCGACAGCGACUUGUUCAUGCCAUGUUAUUGCGACGAAAACAAACCUUGUAUCGCAGACAUCGCCAAGGGGUUACCGUCAUUCAGUCUCUAAAGCAAAAUUCAAAGGCCCAUUUUGUAGUGCCAGCCGUUCAUCACACAUCAUCAUUAAUCACUGCCAAAACGAAACAGAGUACUGAAAAGGCUUUAACUGGUUCAGCUCCCGUAUCUUCGCCUUCGCAAAUUACAAGGAGAACAGCCUUAGACUCAUUAAGGUCAAGAAGUGCUACUUUAAAACCAUCCACUGCUUCAAGCAGUAAUACAAAUACUUUGGAUGGCUACGAAACACUCAUUCCCCCAUCUGACCCUGAGCUCGUCUCUAAACAGAAGUAUUGGCUGCUGAAAAUUCAACAGGAAGUUGAGUCCGAGGGAUUUACCGAUGCAAGAGGCGCACCGAAAAAGUCCAAGUCAUUAUUAGAACAACUCCAGAAUCCAGGCCUUGGAGAAGAAGGAGGUAUCAUCUGCCCGUACUGCCUUCACGUACUCUCCGCUGAUGUCGCGUUCAAUGAACGGAAAUGGAAGGACCAUGUCAAAAACGAUCUAGACCUAUAUGUGUGUCUCUUUGACGACUGUGAUAAGCCAGAUGUGGUCUUAAAUCAUGUGGACGAAUGGCGAAAACAUAUGGACCAGCAUGGCAUAUUCUGGCGCUGCUAUUCCCACCAUAGCAUCGGGUCUUUCUCUACCCGCGACGAUUAUAUGAAACACAUCCAGCAGUCCCACAAAGCCAACCUGAGCGAUUCUCAGCUGCGCGCUUUAGCGAACCGGAACUGUCGCAAGAAGGCGAAACUGUUCGCAACAUGCCCGCUUUGUGCCACAGAUGAGGCUGCAGUCAAGGGUCAUCUGGAGAGUCACAUUAUCGAACAUUUACGAUCUUUAGCCCUUGAGUCUUUUCCAAGCGAUCCAGAAGAGACGUCGGGAGAGGUUAAGGGCGACGAUGGCUCAACUGAUGUCCCAGAACCACAAAUGACAAGGACUGCUAAGAUUAAAAUCGAUGCAAAGGAUAGCCCUAAACGCGGAACAGGAAAGGGAAACUUAACUUCAGAGGCCAGGGAAAGCCAUAUCGAAAGUCCCCAAGUUACUACCCCUAUUCAUUUCGACUCAGGUCAGGAAUACGGACAGCAGUCAAGCUCUCAUGGUGGUUCGCAACACAAAAGGCCACUGCAAGAAUCUGAGCGCUAUGCUGCUUUCAAGGCGAAGAUGCAGGCUUUCUGCGCUGAAUGCGAAGUUCACUUUGAAAACGAUAUCGUUUUAAAGAAGCACAGGGGCCAGCACCACACUGGGUCUUUUAAUAGGAUUAACAAGGAGUCUGAUUUUAUGCCAGAACAUGCAAAGCCGAGCAAGAGCAGCGCCGGCUCUACUUCAUUAUCGAAUCUUUUCGAAGACUAUGUUAGAUUUUGA